AGUAAAAUUCGAUUGGUCGGACUUGGUAAGAGAAACUCAGAAAGCAGAAAAUAGAGAGAGAAAGAGAGAGAUAGGAAGAGGAAGAGGAAGAGUUGCGAUGGGGAAGAAGAGGAAAUCCGAUGCGAGUCGACUAGAAGAGGUUGAUCGAACGAUGUAUACAGCUUUCCGUAGCGGUGCUAAUUCUCUAUCUCAGCUCUACAGCCAAGCCAUGAAUCACCAAAAACUCUCUUUUCAAGCUGGUGAACGUCAUGCUCAGGAGAAACUUUGUCAAUGGAUCUUACGACAACAGGAAGAAGGAUCGAGAGUGACGACAGCCAAUAUACUUGCCUAUCUGCAGAAUGAGCUUGAUUAUGGUGGAGAGGAGCCUCAUCAACCCACAGCGAACAACAUCAUGAACUCUGGUCCUCAUGUUUCCUCUGGUUCGUUUGGGCCAACCAUAGUUGGACCUGGCAUUGGUCAUCCCCGAUCUUUGCACCCCGAUUACCAAGUUAAAAACUCCAUCUUCUCAAAUGCUUUAUCCAGCCCUGUUCGCCGAAGCCUUCAGCAUUAUCACUUGUCUCAAGACCAAAGUAGGGAUUCAAACCCCCCCAGCUCCAAUGACUCGUCAAUGGACAUGCAUGAUAGCCCUGGUCAUGACUCUGCCUGCUGAUGAGACUUCAGAGUGUGGUUCCACACUGCUAUAGUAAGUGCAAACUCGACGAUUAUACAUCAUAAAGGGUGCAUAUGCUUGUGCGUGCGUUAGGAUGAUAAAUUUGCUUUCAUUUUCUUUUCUUUUUAGCUUUACUUUUGUUUGUGUAUAUCAAUAUUGUCCUUGGACAGAAAAAUAUCUGUAACUGAACCAGAAUUUAAGCAUUUCAACAAACUCUUAGUUUUAGAGGUUAUUUUUGACAAAAUUUAUAUAAUAAGCUGCUUUAAUGUGUUCA